CUGGCCCCUCCCCCUCCCCCUCCUCCUCCUCCUCCGCCGGGCUCGCGCUUACAUUUCCAGCUGUGCGGGUUCCCCUCUCGGAGCGGCUUCCCUUCCCCUCGGGCUCCGGGCCCGGAAAAUGUCCGAGCGAGGCGGCUUCUACAAGCAAGAGCUCAACAAGACGGUGUGGGAAGUGCCCCUGCGCUACCAGCAGCUCACCCCGGUGGGCUCCGGCGCCUACGGCUCCGUCUGCAUGUGAUACCAAAACAAGACAGAAGGUGGCAGUCAAAAAGCUUUCGAGGCCUUUCCAGUCCCUUAUUCAUGCCAGAAGGACCUACCGGGAGCUUAGAUUACUCAAGCAUAUGAAACAUGAAAAUGUUAUAGGGUUACUAGAUGUUUUUACACCUGCAACAUCAAUAGAAAAUUUUAACGAAGUGUAUCUUGUCACAAAUUUAAUGGGUGCUGACCUCAAUAAUAUUGUAAAGUGCCAAAAAUUGACAGAUGACCACAUACAAUUUCUUAUAUAUCAAUUACUACGAGGACUUAAGUAUAUUCAUUCAGCUGGAAUCAUUCACCGGGACCUGAAGCCGAGUAACCUAGCUGUAAAUGAAGACUGUGAAUUAAGGAUAUUAGACUUUGGCUUGGCCCGACAAACUGAUGAUGAAAUGACAGGUUACGUAGCAACACGGUGGUACAGAGCACCAGAAAUCAUGUUAAACUGGAUGCAUUAUAAUCAAACAGUUGACAUUUGGUCGGUUGGGUGCAUCAUGGCAGAGCUGCUGAAAGGAAAGGCCCUGUUUCCUGGUAACGACUAUAUUGAUCAGCUAAAACGAAUAAUGGAAGUGGUUGGCACACCCAGUUCCGAACUUCUCAAGAAAAUCUCAUCAGAACACGCCAGAAAGUAUAUAGAAUCUCUGCCCCAUAUGCCACAACAGGAUCUGAAAGCAGUAUUUCGUGGUGCUAACCCACUAGCUGUGGAUCUUCUUGAAAAAAUGCUUAUACUGGACAGUGACAAAAGAAUAACUGCUUCAGAAGCACUUGCCCAUGCUUACUUUAUACAGUAUCAUGACCCUGAUGACGAACCUGAGGCAGAGCUGUAUGAUGAAUCAAUAGAGAAUAAAGAACGGGUUAUAGAUGAGUGGAAAGAGCUUACGUAUGGAGAAGUGAUCAGCUUUAAACCACCGGAUUUAAAGAUGGACAGCCUUGAAAUUGAGCAAUAAAUCCCGACAAUCCUUCUCUUUUUGCCAUGCUGUACUAUGAAGACUAUUAAACACAUAGCAUCGCAAUGUAAUUUCAUAUACCACGUGCAUAGAUUUUACUAUCCAAAGAUCUUGGGAAUGGUAUGGAGAAGCAGAUAAAUAAUGCUGGAGAAACAUUUAUCAUGGGAUUGUUAUUUGUUUUAGCCUUGUACUACGAAUGUAACAAUUACAGAACAUUAAGAACUGCUUCAUUCUGACAAAUGAUGCACUGAGGUCUUUUGUUUUAAAAGAAAACUGUGUCUUCUUUGCAUGUCUCAUUUUAUCAGUUGUAAUGCCAAAAAUGGUAUUUUUUAUUAUUUUGAACUUGUACAGUUAAAGCAUGAAUGUAUGUUGAAAAAAAUAGAAGUCCAUAUAAGCAAUUUAUUGUUUUUGAGAAUUACCAUGAUUUUAUGUUGCGAUUUUUUUCUUAUUAAUUUAUAGUUAGUGCCUUUAGGAAAGGGGGCCACUGUAGAAUUUAGGCAUAAUAUAUUCCAGUAAUUAUACAUGUAGCAGUUUCAUGAACGUGGGUGACUGAGCAACAGUUGGAAGUCCAUUAAUUAAAUCAUUGUUUACUGAUGUCAUUAAAGUCUGCAGUCAUUUUCCUCUAGCUAUAGAAAGCUGCAGAGCACAGUUUUAUUAGUGAUCUAUCCCUAAAGUGGCCCACAGUGUUGAGUCCUAAUGAGUGGAGAGUUUAUCUCACACACUUGAGUGCUUUGAAGAUCUAGCUUCCCACUAGAGCACUUUCUCUGUACUUUUGGAGUGCCUGUCAAUAAAAUGUUUUAAAAACAA